UGCCCCAGAGUGUCUUCCUGUUUCCUCCGAGCUGCUGCUGCGCGGAACAUGGCUGGUUGUUUGCUCGGUAUACCACCGGUUUUUACCCAGCUGAGCGUGGAGCCCGGCGGCAGGCAGAGCUGAGCGUGUCCUGCCGCCAUGCUGUUUACCCAGCUCCCUGAGGAUGUGCUCUACCACAUCUUGUCUCAUUUGGAUCAAAGAUCUCUCAGUCGUCUGUCUCAAGUUUGUAAAAGUUUAAAUCGUUUUGUAAACCGGGACGCAGUGUGGAGGAAGAUUGCAAAGGGUUGUUUAAACAGCGGGAUAACCUGGAACGGGACGGACAUAUAUCCUAAUAUCCCACUAAAGGAGAGGGUGAAGACAGCUCAGAACUGGUAUAAUGGAGUUUGCAAAAGAUGGAUUCUUCUCAAAUGGAAAACAAAGCUGUUGCCAUGGUUACAGUUAGACGAGGAUGUGCUGUACUUGUCUCAGGCUGCUAAAAUUGGAGCUUACCCUCUGUACCAUGACUCCAGGAGGCUCCAGCGGAACCCGUUGGAAAUCUUUUCGGGCCACAAGGGCGAUGUCUGUCGCUUUGUCCUCACAGACUCUCACCUGAUCAGUGGCGGAAGUGAUGGAAGGAUCAUGGUCCACAGCAGGAGAAGUGACCUCUCACUGGGGUUAAUGGGUCACAGCCAGGAGGUGAACUGCCUGGACUCUAAAAACGGACUCAUCAUCAGUGGAUCAAGAGAUCAAACAGCUCGAAUAUGGACCUUGACCUCCAGCUCUCCCUUAGCAACAAUUCCCAUGUUCGACAGAGUUUGGUCUGUUGCUAUUAGUCCCACGCAAAGUUCCUUUGUAACGGGUACUGCAUGCUGCGAGAACUUCUCUCCUCUUCGUAUCUGGGAUGUUGAACGAUUAGCGUGUGUAUGCAGUCUGGGCUCAGAGUUUCGGCGCGGUGCCGGGGUGCUGGAUAUAGUGUUUGAGUCCCCAUUUCUGCUCUUCACCUGCGGCUACGAUACCUUUGUUCGACAGUGGGACCUUCGGCUUAGUCCACAGAAAUGUGUGAUGGAGUGGGAGGAGCCUCAUGACAGCGCCCUCUACUGCAUCCAGACAGAUGGAAAUCACAUGAUAGCCAGUGGCUCAUCGUAUUAUGGUGUAGUCCGUAUUUGGGACAAACGACAAACUAAAUGCUUGCAGUUCUUCCAGCUGAGCUCCGACUCUGUGAGCAGCCCAGUGUACUGCCUGAGGUUCAGCAGCUCUCACCUGUAUGCAGCUCUGGCCACUGCCCUGCACUCCUUGGACUUCAGACACACCCCGGCUAACAUCAGAUGACAUUCAUUAACAGAGAUUUUAACUCUUAUAAACUAAUAAAGAGAUCUAUUUUUUA